GUGACGCAUGGCUCAUGCUACGGUACGCCAUUUGUGUCUAGCAGCAAAAAGCGCGGACGGUGGAAAGAGUCGUAUAACAAGAGGAGUCUGAUCUGGCUUCAAUGAAAGAGAUCAUCAACACUGUUUCAUAACAGGAUAUGAUAUGGAUAAAACAUUGAUAUCAGGAAAGAAGGAAAUCAAGGACAAAGUGCCUGAAGAUGACAGCGGUGGAAAGGUGCAGUCAGAUGAUGUGGAAAUGGAGGAAACUAAAAAAGAUUCACCCAGUUUGACUGAUAAAGCAGAGGAGGAAGUCACUGAGGGGCAGCAGCCAGACUCUGUACCUGAAGGUGGUGACAGCCUUUGCUCUGUCUGUGGCUUCUUAGCCAAAUGUCCGAGAUCACUGAAGAUUCACUUUGCAAGAAAGCAUGGAAAAAACUCAAAGAAUACCAACAGAGCUGCAAAGCCAGCUGAGAAAAAUGAUGCCAGUCCACCUGAAGCUCAACAGGAAGUAGACAUGGAAACAGAAAGUGCUACUGAAGUUAAACAAAACCAACAGUCUGAGCUUGUUAAGCAGAAAUCAGCAUCCAAUGACCAUGACAUGAACACACAGAGUAUUGCAGAAAAGGAAACUGUAAUAGACAAACAGCAGGCAGAACAAGAGGAGGUGAGCCCGACCCAAGAAAGAAGAUUAAGCAAGAGAACCCCAAAACCUAAGUUGAUAUAUUCCUGCAACUACUGUGGGCAAGAGUUUAGAGACAAGGCCCCCUUGGAGGUACAUGUCCAGAGAUACCACACCAAAGACACCCCAUUCACAUUUGAAACUGAUGAGAACACGGACAGAGAAGAGAAAGCUGUGGACCCUGGCGUCACCGUGAAGGCCACUCCAACACGAGUAGCAGCAAAACGUCCGAUCAACCGCUUUCAGGUGAAGUGUACCAGUUGUGAUUUUCGAGUCUCCAGCCCUGCAUUGCUGGAGAGCCACGCAAGAGUGAAACACCUGGACCAAAAGUGGCACCGCUGCAAAUUGUGUGACUUUUUUUCUGCCACCUCUGAGUGGAUGGAUGUUCACCUGUCCUCCGACAGCCACACUCAACAGAAAGGGGCCGACGACAACGACACAGAGCUUUCCCCGUUUGAAGCCUAUGUUGAGUGUGUGAGCAGAGAUGGUGCUGGUGUUAUAGACGAUAUAGCUCAAGUGGCUGACGGAGAAAUUGCUGCUGCUGUGACGGAAGAAGAGCCGGAAACAGAAGAGGCAUUAGAGGCUGCCAAAGCUGUGCCGGACGAGGAGAAAGAUUCAGAGCAUUCACCGCCUAAAAAGAAAAGAGGGAGACCAAAGCAUGGGUCCACUACCACUUGUGGAUACUGUGGCCUUGUUGUGUCAAACGCUACCAACCUCAGUGUCCAUGUCCGCCGCAAACACAGCAAGGAGUACGGAUAUAGCUGCACUCUUUGCAACUACAGCUGUGUGACCAAAGGUGACAUGGAUCGUCACUGCGUCACCAAGAAACACAUUAAACGUGCGCAAGAGUGUACAAAUAAGAACUUGGUGAACCACGACGCAGUUGAAUCACCGCCGGAACCCACAGCUACUGAAGACCAGGAACCAAAUACAGCCCCGGAGAUGGCCAAUCAAGAGCAGGAAUCUGACGACACAGCCUCCAAAGAAAACAGCGGAGAAGAGCUGAGUCAAUUGGAUGCACAACAGAAAAAAAGCAAUUAUGACUCUGUUAAUUCCUGCAGCCAUUGUGACUUUGUAGCUCAGUCAAUCCCUUCGCUCCAUCUUCACAUCAAGAGAAAGCACACCAAAGAUUUUGAGUACGUCUGUCUAGCAUGUAACUAUUACGCUGUAACCAGCAGGGAAAUGUCUCGCCAUGCCAACACAGAGAAGCACAAACAGAAGAGCCAGAAAUAUCUAGAACCAGUAGGGACCGAGGGACAAAGAGCUCUGGCUCUUCCAUUGAAGCUGCAGGAGGUCAUUGAACUUGUGCGAUCAAACUCGAACCCUGAAUGUGAUGAGUCUGAAUCUGAGGAUGAAGACAGCCAAGCAAUGGAGAAUACAAGUGGCCCCUCUAUCACCACAGAGCCUGAUGAUGCUGUUAGCAGCGAAGCUUGCAGUGAAGAUAAGAACCAAGGAGCGAGUAGUAUAUUGUCCAGUGGUGGUGAACCAGCUGACCAGACAGAUGAACAUGAAGCAUUGUCUGGACCCCUGGAGACCCCAACAGAACCUCCACCUGCAGUGGAUCAGUCUGCACAGCAAGAGAGUCAAGAGGAAGGUGGUAAACCAGCUGAUGGUGAACAACUAAACUCAGAUCUGAUAAGAGAUGCAAAACAGGAAAGUUGUCAUUCAGAUACACAAAUAUCCAAAGCCCUUACCUUUGAUGCCUGCAUUGUAUCCUUGAAGGCCCUUGCUGAGCAGGAGCAGGAGCAGGCGCUGCAUGAAGGUCUGGCUCUAGAAGGCCAGGCUGCUGUGGUAUGUUUGACUGGAGGCACACCGAUGCCAAACAGCAUCCUUCUUACUGAUUCUGCAUACAUUAAAAAGCUCAAACGCAAAGAGGUGAAAGCAGGAGGGGAAGCAAAAGGAAGUAGCUCUCGAAUUCGCUGCGAGGACUGCGGCUUCAUGGCCGAUGGCAUCAGCGGCCUAAACGUGCACAUCUCAAUGAAGCAUCCGACCAAGGACAAACACUUUCACUGCUUGGUGUGCGGCAAGUCGUUCUACACCGAGAGCAACCUGCACCAACACCUGACCAGUGCCGCCCACCUCCGCAACGAGCAGAAUAGCGUGGAGGAGCUACCUGAGGGGGGCGCCAGCUUCAAGUGUGUGAAAUGCACGGACCGCUUCGAGUCCGAGCAGGAUCUGUUCGUUCACAUCAAGGAGAAGCACGAGGAGCUUCUGAGGGAGGUCAACAAGUACGUGUUGGAGGACACCGAGCAGAUCAACCGCGAGCGAGAGGAGAACCAGGGCAGCGUGUGCAAAUACUGCGGCAAGGUGUGCAGGAGCAGCAACUCCAUGGCCUUCCUGGCACACAUUCGGACUCACACCGGAUCGAAGCCCUUCAUGUGUAAGAUCUGCAACUUUGCAACUGCUCAGCUGGGAGACGCCAGGAACCACGUGAAGAGACACCUCGGCAUGAGAGAGUACAAAUGUGACAUCUGUGGAUGGGCCUUUGUGAUGAAGAAGCACCUCAGCACCCACAUGCUGGGAAAACAUGGAGUCGGCCAGCGUAAAGAGAGGAAGUUUGAAUGUGACUUGUGCGAGCGCUCCUUCAGUGAAAAAUGGGCCCUGAACAACCACAUGAAACUGCACAGUGGGGAGAAACCGUAUAAGUGCGCCUGGCCGUCCUGCCACUACGCCUUCCUCAACCUGUCAGCCAUGAAGGACCACUACAGGACACACACUGGAGAGAAGUCCUAUCUGUGUGACCUGUGUGGUUUCGCUGGAGGCACGAGACACGCCCUCACCAAACACAGACGCCAACACACAGGAGAGAGACCAUUCAAAUGUAAGCUCUGCAACUUUGCCUCCACCACGCAGUCCCACCUAUCACGGCACAAAAGGAUUCACACCGGGGAGAAACCGUACCGCUGCCCCUGGUGCGACUACAGAUCCAACUGUGCUGAGAACAUCCGGAAGCACAUUCUCCACACGGGCAAACACGAGGGCGUCAAGAUGUACAACUGUCCCAAAUGUAGCCACGCAACAAACUCUCCCAUGGAGUUCCGCAACCACUUGAAGGAAAACCACUCUGACAUCGAGAAUCCCGACCUCGCCUACCUUCAUGCAGGUAUCGUGUCCAAGUCUUUCGAAUGUCGCCUGAAGGGUCAGGGGGCAGCGUUUGUGGAGACAGAACUGGUGGGCUCCCCUAUGAGUAAGAAGGGCUCGACUGAUGCAUCCGGCCACGACGGCUCCAUCCAGCAGGUCAUCAUCAUCCAGGGCUAUGGUGAAGGGAACGUGGCCAUCGACCAGGCCCUGGAGGAGUCGGCCGCCGCCACCCUGCAGACGCUGGCCAUGGCCGGACAGGUGGCGGAGGUGCUCCACAUCACAGAAGACGGACAGGUCAUCGCCUCGGGCAGAGAAGUGGCCUCCGCCGGGGCCCACCUGGCCGGAGGCGGCACCCAGUACGUGGUGCUGGAGUCCGGGGAAGCCAGGAAAGGGCUGCGGGCCGUGACAAGAGGAGGGGUAGCAGGACAGAGUCAGAUGGUUUCUGAGUCGUCCACAGCUCUGGACGCUCUCCUCAGUGCCGUCAGCGAAAUGGGCCAUCAGGAGGAAAUGCAAGGAGAGGCAGCUGUCAUUCAUGAGGUGGUGACCUCUGAGGGAGCGGAGGCCGUGCAGAGCGGGGCUCAGUCGGAGGUGAAACAGGAGCAGGAGGAGAUGCAAGUCAUCCAAGAGAGAGGCCGGGGGGACAUGCAGGAGGUGCUGCAGCUCGCAGCGUCCCAGAUGAUGAAGGAAGGUUUGACACAGGUUAUUGUUAACGACGAGGGGACACAUUACAUCGUUACCGAGCUGGACAACUGCACCUUACAGGUGGAGGAAGGCGUGUAUGAAGGGUCAGGGGCAGGAGAGGAGGAGGAGGUUCAGCAGACAGAGCAGCAGGAAGGAGAGGAGAUGGUGGUGUAUCUGGAUGGAGCCGCUCAUAACAUCGUGCUGGAAGGCUAGAGGAAGGAGAAAAAAACAAGAUAAAGAUUUAUAGUUUAAUGGGAAAUCAAAAUUGGUCUUCCUCUCCCUCGCCCUCAUUUUAACCCUGUUUGGGUCCUCUUUUUUUGUUUUUUUACAUGACUUCUGUUUUGUUUCUUUACUCCUCUUUGGGGCAAAGCUAAACUCAGGUUGAACAUCAUUUAUUCAGAGGGACAGUGGAGGAAAGAGGUUUUGGUGCUAAGUGAGUUAACUUGAUAUCCUCACCACCACCAGGACUACAAACCCCACCUUAUUAAUGCCAUGAACAAUUUAAGAACAAAAUAUCCUCCUGAUAUUCAUUUUCACAAUUCUAAUAUUUUGAGUGUUAAAUUAUAAAAUAAGAAUAGAGAACGAUAUGUUUUCCUCUCUCUUGAGGGGAAAACAAACUUUUCAUGCAAAUGAUUUUUGUUUUCUUUGGAGAUACAUUGGUUGAAGUUUUGUUCGUGGUGUAAUGAUUUUUUAUGUGUCCAAAGACACGAUAGUUUCAUUUGGGUUUUUUUUCUGUAGUUUUAUUUGAGUUUUUUCCCCUGUAGUAAUGAUGAUCAGUUCUGAAAAUAUGGAUUUGAAGAUUUUUAAACCAGAUCCUUCAGAUGAUUUAUAUGUAACAAAUUAGAGUUGAUAAUUCUACAGUUCAGUCAUCCUAAAACAUGAAUGCAAUUUCAUUUUUUGACAAUAAAGCUUGCUCUUGAUUUUUAA